AGUCUGUAGUGCGCCGGCCGACGGAACAGAACGAGAGACUCGAUAGCCAGCAGCAGCACACCACCCGCACGACAGCUGCUGCUGCGACCGCGUGUAUAGUCUGUGUAUGCGCGCGCGCAAUUAAUAACAAUAAUAUCAAUGAUACGAUGUAUACCGGCGUAUUCUUUGUAUAAGCCGUGGACUUAACGAAUAUUAUUAUAAUUCUCGUACUUUAAAAUGGCGAAGACGGCCUCGUCGGCUCCGUCGGUUGAUACUUCCRGCAACCCGCACCGCCAAAAGCCCGGGCCGAAGCCGAAAUUAUCUCAGCAGCAGUCGUCUUCGUCCGCGCCAUCCUCGUCGACAUUGCCGGCCCCGAAACUACCGCUGCCUCAGUGUAAAGUCAAGCGGAAUUACGCGUGCGCUAAGUGUCCGUACUACACCCAGAACCCGCGCAGCUUCCUACACCAUCAGAAGAACAUUCAUGCUGAACGAAUCAAAGUAUACGAGUGUUCACACUGCCUGUACGCGUCUAAGCAUAGCCAGAAGUUGCAGCGACACGUGCAUAUGGUGCACCGAGUGGAUAGCAAGAGUAACAAGAGAAACCACGGAUACGAUGAGUCCGGAAAGCCGCUUCUGGUGCCACCUGUUCGGAUCCGGGUACAGCGUUUCGAAAAGUUUACGGAUCAGCAUCUGGCCAAGUUGGUAAUCGURGAGGACGUGGACGUCGAAGAAGUACUCCCGGUCAGUGCUGACGAAGAAGGUGAGAAUGAGCUUGGAGUUGAAGUCAAAGCCGAAGCUGAUGUCAAAGCCGAAGCGGAAGCCGGAGUCGAAGCGGAAUCCGUAGUGGAACCUGAAGCUGGAGAAGAAGCAGAAGCUGGUGUCGAAGAGGAAGUCGGAAGCGAAGCCGAGGAAGAGGAAGRGGAAGAAGAAGAGGAAGAGGAAGAGGAUGAUGAGCUAAACGAUGAAGAGGGUGGUGAAGAAGAAGAACAAGAGGACGAGGACGAAGACGAAGAAGAUGAGCAAGGCGAUGACGACGAUGGUUCAGUUAGCGCGGACGACCAUAUGCCUGCGGUCUCGGAGCUGCAAAUAGUAUCGCCUACGCCACCAUCCACAGAGUCACAACCGCCAUCUCAACAACAACAGCAGAAAAAGCACAAACUGGAAAAGCCAUCCGUGACGUUCAUCCGGUGUUCUGUGUGUCCAUUUGGCAGCCACAGCCGGACGUUGGUCAAUAGGCACGAGAAAUCUGCACAUUUGAAGAAAAAAUUCUUCCGGUGCAUGAAGUGCAAUUACGUGACCCACAUGCGGGCUCGUUACACCAAGCACGUCAAGUACCACACGAUGCCGAUGAUCAAGUGCGACGACUGCGACUUCCGGACGCCGUACAAGUGGAACCUGGACCGUCACAAUCGCAACCACAGCAUCGUAUCGCCUGGCACUUACAAGUGCUCGCACUGUUCGUUUUCUGCCGACAUAAAGCAGAGUCUCACGGUACACGAGACGAAUCACCACGUUCCACCCGUGGGCGGCGUGUUCCCGGCAAACGGUCCCAACCGCCGCCGAUACCGGGUGGGCGCGUCUGAUGCUCCGGGCUCAGCUGUUGACGGCACAGAGAUCGUAACGUACGAGACGACAAAAGAAGGCGGUGUCGUCGAGUUCAUGACUGAGACAAAGAGCACUGUCCCGACGGUGACCUCCAGCAGCGACGGUAGUUCGACGUCCAAGACUGCGGUAUCCAAGAAUGGUGGCACCUGCACCGUCGUGAAAAAGACUACUACGAUGACGACCACUACUACUUCGUUGCCGACAAUGCCAAUAAAGAUCAUUUCGGUGACCAGCCCGCCGGAGGGCAGCACAAAGACUUCGGAGCAAAAGCAGCCACAACGGCGUCGGCCUAUGCCCAAGCUUAUACCUAUCGUCGAACAGCAGCAACAGCAACAGUCAAGGCGCGUACCUUCGAUCGUCCGGAUGCGACCACCUGUGACGACAGCACCACCACUUCCAGAAAAUGCUUCUGUCAUCACCCCUGACAACUACUACAGCUUGGCGCCAGGCCAGAGCGCGCUCAGCGAUUUCGCAUCCAUAAUCGACGACACGGACUGUGCGCCUGGUCCGUUAAACUGCAGCCCCGCCUUAGCAAACACUGCGGCUAGUGGCGUCACCACGGCUAACCGGCGGCGGAGUAGCAGCAGCACCGGAAGCAGCAGUACCAUAACCUCGCCCAAGAGCAAGACCGCAUCGUUUUUCGAUAAGCUCAAAGCUAAAGUGGACGAGACAGCGGACUUGACUUGCCCGGUUUGCCAUUACGAGUCCAAGUGUCUAUCAGAGUUCAUGCGACAUCAACGAACUCAUGGCAGUACUGGUGACGGUGACGGCGACGCUGACGUUGAUGCCACUACUCACGUUACCACCACUUCGGCAGACGUCAACGACCUUAAUUCCGAAGAUCAUACCGCUACGACACCAGAGCGGACGACUUCUACAUCGCCGCCACUACCGCCGCCGCCAGUGACGGCCGCCGAACUCAAGUCGACUAGGUGCCAGCGGUGCCGGAAGCGGUGCAAGACCAGCACUGAGUUGAUUGUACACUUGGCCACUUGUCGAGGGACGACUGCCCUCGCCACUACCAUUCCAGCCACAGCGAUUGAUAGCCCGAGCCAGCCUGCUGCCUUGAAAGAAACCGCCACAGACGAAGAGUUAGAUACACAAUUGCACCCAAUGGAGAACAAGAUUUUCGUGUGGAAUACUUCCGCGGUAGCAACACCAACCGGUGAAGACGACAACGACAACAAUGACCGCGAAGAACAAGAUUCUGUUUCCGCGACCGAAGUCGCGAUGCCGCUYUACGUUGAACCACCGUCAGUUGAAGAUGAAUCGGAAGAUGACGUCAAUGGAACUCCUUCAGACACUACUGGCUUCUGCAACCCUGAGAUGUUAAAGCAUCAGGAACAAAUGAAGCACGCCAUCAGAAAGGAAGGGAAAAUGUACAAAACGGUGUUCAAGUGUCCACACUGCACGUUUUGGGCGGCCACCGCUUCUAGGUUCCACGUCCACAUCGUUGGCCACCUGAACCGCAAGCCGUUCGAAUGUUCGUGUUGCGCGUACCGAUCCAACUGGCGCUGGGAUAUCACCAAGCACAUCCGGCUCAAGUCCGCGAAGARAGGUAGCAGUGAGGAGUCGGCUGCCACGUUUAACUCGCACCAGGGCGCCAAGGUGCUAAUGACAGAUGAGACAGGUCGCAGGAACUACAGCAAGUACAACCGAUACCUAACUGUGAUGGAGAUGGACAUAGCGGACGGAGCAGACAAGGCGGCUGGUGGAGAGUGUGAGGACGGAAAAGGUGUCCGCAAGUCCGUAGGCGGCGGGAUUCCCCGGAAACGACGGGCGCCAGUCUUUGUCCACCAUAACGGGGUCCCGCUCAUGACGUCGUCAACGGGUAAGGCCGCGACGGUGGCGGGACAAUUGAAAAGGUUUAAAGCCGCGGCGAUCCGGAACCAACAGCAGAACCAGAAUAAUUCCGCGAUGACGACACUCCUUCCGCCGUCAACUACUGGAGGUGACGGACGCAGUAAGACCGUUUGGAAGUGCAAAAAAUGCUUCUUCAGAGACUGCGACCGACUGACCGUUUUGAACCAUGUCAAGGCGCACUACAGGAGAGGAGAGUUCAGUAGCAACACCAACACCAAUGCUCCACAUAGCGACUCUACAGCCACCACUGCCAUGGACACGACCAACGCAACCAUCAAUGAAUUAUAUAUUCAAACAAAAAAAUCGGCAGAAAUAAAAGAAACAGCAGAGCUAAAUUCACCGAACACCGACCGUAGGAAAACAAAGACUCCCACAACCGGAACCGCAUCCGACACGUUGUUACUGUUGUCCACCAACCCUAAGUCGUUAAUGCAUUAUGAUGAUGAAAACUUUUUGUCUUGUCCGCUAUGUGAUAUGACAGCUGCUAGCCCUGGCCAACUGAAGGAACACAUGCAGUGCACCCAUAUUCCCGAAGAAACCAAGUAUAGGUGUGAAUACUGUCCAUUUUGGUCCGAAGAAAAGAAAGCUAUGUUAGAUCACAUGAUGUUUGCGCAUGAAAUGGACGACGGUAGUGUAAAUACCGAUGUUAAUGCCACAGAUGUAAAUUACGGGACCGAGCAACGUGACGAAUCGGCUUCAAAUUCAAUUAACAAUGACGACGAGGAGGGAAUGCAGGGAAUCGAUGAAAACGGAAGUAGUGAUGACGUGACAGCUAAUAUGGCGACGUUUGAUAAUGGAAGUGAUGACACGAAUACCACGAACAACAUGGAAAUGAUGUUCGAAACCAGUGAUGAAAACAUUGUCGUAGUUGAGGCGGUGGAGUGCAAACCUGAUUUUGUUGAUAAUGAUGGAGGAUCAACCAUUGAAAGACCAUUGACUCCGAGCAAAAACUCUGARAAAAGCAGCUAUAGCAGUACCGCUGAUGAUAAAAUAGCUGACAAUAUGAUUAGUUGCGAAUACGAGAGAGGUGAGGAACGGGAUGAGGACGAAGAAAUAAUAAUCAGUGCAGAGGAAGUAACCGAACCCACRCCAGUUACAAUGAUCAAAGAAAUUCACGCACCUACUGCGUCAACGACGUCGAAAGGAGAUGCCACAACUGUAUCAUGCAAGAAGAUCGAGGUUUUCGAAUGCAACGAGUGUUGGUAUUAUUCAACUAAUAAAAAAGACUUACUUGCACAUAAGCAGCUGCAUGCCGAACGGGGAGCACUCUAUAACUGUACGGAAUGUGUGUUCAACGUCACCAAAUCAGCUAUUCUAUACCAUCAUUAUCGACACGGUCACAUUAUCGAAGAACCAGAACUUAGAUAUCCAGAAGAUUCUGUGGUUCGAGCUGGGCAAAGAGAYAUGAUAGCGAAAAAUGCUGAUAUUAAACUAGAAAACAAGACAGGCAAUGUGCCGGAUGUAGACGAGACCACCGCUGGACCGCCAAUGGUAUGGCAUUACAAAAAGGAAAACGUGCCUCCUUUUUCGAAAGUAUUCAAGUGUCGAUACUGUCCGCACACUAAUCGCCGAAGGCACAACACGGUUGAGCAUGAACGGAUGCACUCAGACCAUCCGGACCAUCAGAAUCACAGACAAAUGCAGCAGCGUCUAUCAGGUUGUUCAGUACCACCAUCCCCCUUACACCCGUGCAAACGAUGUACGUAUGUAUGCAAUAACGCAGGGGUCUUGGCAUCACAUGUCAAGGUACACUCAACAAAUUAUAGAUGCUCAACAGUGGGAUUUUAUGAUGUGACCAUUGUAGACACGUUGCAGAUUCAGGCUCUCGAAUACGUGAUGGAACUAGAAAAAAUUUUGCUGCUGGACAAGAGCACAGCCAUCAACAGUGGACUAYUUCAUUCCGAUAAUGAAGUGUUGUCCGAUACGUCCAGCGAUAAUGAAAGCCAAGAAGACGUCACCAAGUACACAGAAAUUGAUGAACCUGAGCUUAAAUUUUGUCCAUAUUGUCCUGCUCGGUACUUUUUCCUUACUGACCUCCGAUUCCAUAUCCGAUUCCAUCAGUUCCGAGGCUGGAAAAACGCUUGUGAUUGUUGUUCAUUUGUAGCUCGGGCAAAAAGCCACGUAGACGCUCACGAGAUCGUCCAUUGUGACGAGUAUGCACAACGUACUACCGAACUGAUCGCUUCCGGAUAUCCAGUUAACCCUAAAUAUUGUCGGCCCUCGGAGUAUCCUGUAUCGGUAAGUGACGAUUCACCACCUCAGCUUCAGAGACGAUCGUGGUCUCCACCCCAAUCACCAAAUUAUAAAGAUUCGAAAAUACAUUCGCCUGAGCCUGAUGAUCAACGACAAAGGCGGACCAAACGUAUGCGGUAUUCAGAGCCUAAUGUCGCCACUGAAUUGCAAUCACCACCCAUGGAGCAUGCCGAUGACCCUAGUAAACGACGACGACGCUCCAUGGUAGUUGGUGUUGCCAAGAAAUCUGUCAGUGCAAAGCCACCGCCACCAGCACUACUACCUGUGCCAAAAAUCAUAAAUUCAAAGUCAACGCCACCACCGUUACUACCUGUGUCUAUGAUCCCAGCAGCUAUUGAAAUGAACACUACAACUAGCGCUGCAAUCAUUAAAAYUGACGAUCAAAAUUCCACCAUUGAUACCACCGUAAAACCCAUUAAAAGUACCAAACCAAGUUAUAUACGGCAAUUUAUGUGCACCAUGUGCCCAGGCAAAUUCUUCAAAUCUACAGCCUUGCAGUACCACAAAACAUUACAUGGAGGUACGGGUCGUCACCGAUGCAGACGUUGUGAUUAUGCAGUGAGCACAUAUGGCAACUUGGUGCGGCAUGAAACCGUUCACCGAGAUCUACCUGCUAGGGAAAAAGUUAAGGCUAAGACAUCAAAGAAAUUGAGAGCUCUCUCAAAAUUAAAGAGCAAAGGCAAAAAAAUUCCUUUACCUGUAAUUUUAUCAGCGAUGCCAACAUCAGGUUCGCAGGUGAAACCGGGACAUUCGACCGACGAAAACGACGGACAAGAAGACUUUCAGAUCGAUCCGGAGUUCGGGUCCGUAAUGCUGGGCAACCCGAAUUUCUUUUAUCCGACCACAGUAACAAACGGUGUCAUUCGAUCCAAGCGGUAUAAAUGCCCAAAGUGCCCGUCAGCGUUCGACAAGCGUGAUCAAUAUGCGGUACACCUGACUCUACAUGGAGCUCGGGACAAGUACCAGUGUGAUAAGUGUGACUAUGCAGUACGAUACACGGCUAAUUACGURCAACACCAGCGAAAGCACGCGAGGGACGCAGAAAUCCGGAAGAAUAACCAGCAGGCGGCUGACAGGGAAAAAAUGAUCAAGGAACAGGAGGAAGCGUCGAACGCUAAACGGAUGCGAAGGCGACCGACUUCAGAAGACAGAACGCCUCAGCGUCCGACUAAACUAAUGCUACCACCACCGGUGAAACUAGAGCCGCAGGACACAACUUUCACGAACGAGAUAUCGGAUCAGCAGACUGCGUACGAGCUGAACGCCGCCUAYGGUGCCACUGGAAACUUGGUUGGAGAAACCACCACAUCCCUAUUCCGGUGUACACAGUGCCCAUUUGAGUGUGACAUUCGGUCACAGCUGGAUCGACACAACACUCAUCACCACGUGGCGAUGAACUCGUCUGGAGCAGCGUCCAAACGGUCUUGGAAACGGUCGUGUAAGUUCUGCACAUACCGCACUCACGGUGAAGUCGACUUGGCUGAGCACACUCGUGUYCAUUUCUUGCGAUCGACCGGUGAACCUGUGAACGGGGAUUACRCGUCUGUCGAAGCUCACGURCCCCCCGCGCCAAUAGACGUGGUCGAGAGCGAUCAUAUCGAGUUCCACGGUAAGCGGGUCGUAUACAGCCAGAGGCGGCGCAACAACAAAAUCAGUGACCAAGACAAUGUCCCGGAAAAACUGGAUGAAGGAGACAUCGAACCGUUUUUCGUGUUCAAAGACUGUGGUGAAGUCCGAUAUCGUGUUAACGACCCCGCGACCGGUAACGGCAUGACCACCGCUGCUAUGAUCAAGUCACACAAGAGGUUCAGUCCCGACCGUCCGCCACCACAAAUGACGAUCGAUUACAACGACAACCGCACUGGAGACGGCCCCAAAGCACCAUCGGCUGCGUUCGUGCGGUUCUUCGACAACGGCACUCGGCUCGAGUUCCUGGACGAUGAUCCCGUUGAGCCCGCAGGCAAAAAAAAAAGGAGUAAGAAGUAGUUGGUACAUCGGUCGUCUUAAACAAUUCCGUUCUGUGUCCAUUCGGCGUUCGUUUUUGAUUCGCCAAUAGAAAAUAUUUUCGUUUUUUACGGCGCACACUCCUAUAAUACAAUAAUAGUUGUUCGCCGUAAUCGACUUAUUUUACGUUCGAUACUAAUAUUGUAUAGCUUAUAAUUUUUAUUUCAGAUUUUUUUUUCAUUUGUUUAUUCUUAUGACCACGUUUUUUUCAUAUCUAUGUUUAUCCCAAUUGUUAACAGAUUAAUUAAUUUUUAUUUUUAGUAUAAAAUAUUUUUCUUAUGUAUAAUAUUUGACAUUUUGGUGUACUCACGCCUUUUUUUACCSAUCCCUUCAUUUAAGCUUCUAUUUACACACUAUUUGGAUUUCAUAAUUGUGUACGUUUUGCCCCUCCCCCCACCAAUUUAAUAUUAUUAUAUUCAAAUUGUAAAUAAUAAUAUAUUAUUAAAGUUAAAUACGAUUGUGACUACUCACUU